GGCUGGCUGUCAGAUUGGUGGUUGUACCUUUGGCCUAGCCUUUGGUUCUUCAACCCCUUUUUUUCUCUGCAGUUUUAAGAUGAAGUCCAAAUAAGACGGGACUUGUUUCAGGUUGGGGGGCAACCUUUGAAAAUUGGUUCAGAAUUCAGCUGCAAGAUUGCUGGUGGGUAUAGGUCACAUGCAUUGCAUUUCCUCUGCGCUCCAAGAAUUGGGCUCAGUUCAAAGCAGCUGGUGACUAGUUUUUAUAGAGGCCUGUAUGGUUUUCAACCAGGGUCCAUAAAGGACUGCCUGCCCGUAUGUGAAUCUCCCCUAGUUUUAGGAUUAUCAUCUGAGGCUCUGUUUUCUUUUCCCACCCCCUGCCCCCAUUCUCAGAGGUGGCCAUGUAGGAUGGGGGCUUUUCUGUUGUGGAACCCAUACACACACACACAGUCCUGGUGCCAAAUUUGCUAACUUCUGAGCACCAGGAUUUUAAAAUGGGCUUUUUAAAAUGUGGGGGUUGAUCUUUCUAAACUGAUUAUGUUUAUUAAGAUUAAAGUUUUAGAUUUUAUAAAAAAAUCUUUCCUUUUGCGGACACAUUUAAUGUAAACUUUUAACAAUGCUGUUUUACAAAGAUAAUUUAUGCUGAUUAUAUUGAAUCCCACAGAUUUUUGCUGUGACCCCCUCCCCCUCCUCACAGCAGACCUCUGAGUAUUCUUGGCAUUUUCAGGGGCAUUUUAGGCUGCAGUGGAAGGGGGAGAUGAGGAAGAGCCACUUCACUGGCAGAAAUCCUUUCCAUAAAUGUCCUGUGGGAUCUAAGCUGUUGUUCGUGAUCUGUGCCUGUGUGUUGUGGAUUUUAUGUUUUAUUGGAAAUCACGUUGAACAGAUCUGGCAGUAGAAUACAAAUAUUUUAAAGGGUGUAUAAUGACGAUCCUGUCUUUUUUUCUUCUUGGACACUCCGAGCAGCUUGCAGGGUGCCCCUUCCUGUCCUGGCAUUGAUCAGAUCCACACCUAAACGUGGGAUAAAAUAUAAUGUAAAGGAGCCUGACCGUUUAUUAUCCUUUGCUUGUUCUGCCGCUGCAGUUCCCAGGACCAAACUGGGGGAGCAGACUUCAAGGGCUGUGUGUCCCGCUGCAUGGUGGUGGCCCUGGGGCUUCACCAGAGAGGCUUCUCGGGUCUAAACCAAAGAUCUCUACAUCAUGCAGAAUAACAUUGCGACUGUGGCCUUGCUGGGGUUGCCCAUUGAUGAGCCGGAGCUGAUCUGCAAGAUUGAGCCGGGGGAAGAGCCGUGGAUCCCAAGUGAUCAAGCCUCUAGAGAGAGGCGGAUCCUGCCUGGAAACAAGUCAGGUGGUGUAACUCCAGAACCUGCGAUUGCUCCUUACAGGCAGUAUCGUGGCACCACGUGGACCUACCCAGAAGUCAUUGACCUCCUGGUGAUCUGGAGGGAACGGGAGAUCCAGCAGGAGCUUCAGAGGAGCCACAGGAAUAUAGAAACUUUUCAGGUGGUUGCCAGCAAGAUGGCCAAGAGAGGUCACAAGCGUUCUGCUUUGGAGUGCCGGUCUAAAAUCAAAACCUUGAAGAGGGACUAUAGGAUUGCCAAGGCCAAUAACUCCCCAGGCAAAGGGCAUUUAGCUUGGCUUUUCUAUGAUCGGCUGGAUCACCUCUUGGCUAAUGAUGCAAACAUCCCGCCUCCGGACAAACUGCCCAAUUUCAGUCAACGUGGGGCGUCCCUAGCAGACACCGUCUCUCAGUGUUCCACAGAGGAGGAGCCUAUGCUGGAUGGGGCCAAGGAAUGUAGCCCGGCCAAUCGGGAGCUCUUUGCUCUGAGAACUCAGUCGCCCACAGAGAUCUCCAAUAUGACAGGCUGCUGUCCUGUCUUGCAAAUCAAGGAAGAAGCCCCUGAUGAUAGCCCAGUCAUGCCUCCAGUGGGCUUUGCAGAAGUCAGCAGUCCCGCUCCCCCACCGUCCUCUGCUCCCUGCGAGAAACCAGCCAGCUCCGCCUCAACAGCAGAUGGGGCAGUAACACCCUCCCAGAGUCCCUCGCCCAGUCCUGUAAGGUCUUACGCUGCGGAAAGACUCGCCAACAUCCGGAAACGGAAGCGGAAAAACAGGCAAGACUUGGCCUUGGAAAUCACUCAGGCAGCUGACAAACGGGUGCAAGUAGCCACUGACCGAAUCUUGGCUGCUCUCGGGGAAUACGCCAGGGCAGAUCUGGAGGAGCGAGAGAGAGACCGCGUGGACACCGAGCAGAUCAUUGCGCUCAUGAAUCGGCAGACGGAACUGCUGGAGUCGCUGGUGCGGAAGCAGGCUGAGGCCCAGGCGCCAGCAACCCCCAUGCUGAGCCGGCAUGCCCGGUUGCCACGGCUUGGGCAGCCCAAUCAUUCUGUGGAGCCUUCUCCCUUGCGCUUGGCUGUUCCAAGACGGCCGGUUUCCAGGGCGAGGUACAGAAGGUGACUCUGGAGCGACACGACUUUCAUUGAACAAUUUGUUUUUAGAGGUUUUUGACAUGCUGGACCUUGGGCGGCAUCUUUGUAACAGGUUGUGAUUUUACUUUUCAGGAAUUUCAGAUCUUUUUAUGAUAACGAAUUGUUUGCUGAUUGUGUAAAGAAAAGAGAGAGAGAGACAAUUAAAGUAGCGGUGUGUCCUUUG